UGUCUUUCUCUGCCACAGGAGCAUGGGAGGCAACCAGACAUGGAUCACAGAAGUCACCCUGCUGGGAUUCCAGCAUGCUGUGUUAAUAUCAUCAUAUUGUCCUCAACAGAAAAAAAUAGAACUGUGUUAAUUAUGCUAAGCUGAACGGAUAUGCACCAAAAUAUUAUCCUUAGCUCCAUCCAGGUGUUGGUCUUGCCUCUUUAACCAGAAAUCCAGUCCCCAUCCAAUCCCAGAAGAUUGUUCUUCAAUGUGUGGCUAAAAUGGACACUUAAAGAAAUCUUCAUUUCUGGUAUGCAACUUAUGCAAAAGCUCUGACUUUCCUGUUGUGGACUGGAUCUUGUUUUUCUCUGCCACAGGAACAUGGGAGGCAACCAGACAUGGAUCACAGAAGUCACCCUGCUGGGAUUCCAGGUCAGCUCAGCACUGGAGUUUUUCCUAUUUGGACUUUUCUCUCUUUUCUAUACAUUUACCCUGCUGGGGAAUGGGGUCAUUUUGGGCCUUGUCUGCCUGGACUCUAGACUUCACACUCCUAUGUACUUCUUCCUCUCACACCUGGCCAUAGUUGACAUGUCCUAUGCUUCUAACAAUGUCCCCAAGAUGCUGGGGAAUCUUGUGAACCAGAAGAGAACCAUCUCCUUUGUUCCAUGCAUAAUGCAGACUUUCUUGUAUUUGGCUUUUGCUCACGCAGAGUGCCUGAUUUUGGUGGUGAUGUCCUAUGACCGGUAUGUGGCCAUCUGCCACCCCCUACAUUACACUGUGAUGAUGAGCUGGAGAGUGUGCAUUGUCCUGGCCGUCACUUCCUGGGUGUUCAGCUUCCUCUUGGCUCUGGUCCAUUUAGUUCUCAUCCUGAGGCUGCCCUUCUGUGGGCCUCAUGAAAUCAACCACUUCUUCUGUGAAAUCCUGUCUGUCCUCAAGCUGGCCUGUGCUGACACCCGGCUCAACCAAGUGGUCAUCUUUGCAGCCUGCGUGUUCAUCCUGGUGGGGCCCCUCUGCCUGGUGCUGGUCUCCUACUCGCGCAUCCUGCUGGCCAUCCUGAGCAUCCAGGCCGGGGAGGGCCGCAGAAAGGCCUUCUCCACCUGCUCCUCCCACCUCUGCGUGGUCGGGCUCUUCUUUGGCAGCGCCAUCGUCAUGUACAUGGCCCCCAAGUCCCGCCAUCCUGAGGAGCAGCAGAAGGUCCUUUCCCUGUUUUACAGCCUUUUCAACCCCAUGCUGAACCCCCUGAUCUACAGCCUGAGGAACGCAGAGGUCAAGGGUGCCCUGAGGAGAGUGCUGAGGAAGGAGGGGCCCAUGUGACAGGUCAGCACAGGGAGCGGCUCUGCUCCCUGUGACAUACAGAAGUUGGCACUUUUGUCCUCUGGUAGAAUAAAUGCUACAUUAAAAUAAAAUCUUACAGACUCAUGCAUAUAAACUGAAGAUAUGAAACUUUUGGAAAAAAAUAGGUCAAUGCCUUUAUGAACAUGGAUAGGGAUAGACUCAUAGAAAAGACACAAGAAGCACUGGACAUAAAAUUUUAAAGUCUGAUAAAUAUUGAACCUCUCAAAAAUUAAUUACUCUGCUUAUCACAGGCAUGAUAAAGAAACAUGAAAUACUUGCUACAGACCAAGUGAUCAUCUUCAAACUACAUGUACCCAGAAAUGGAACUGUUGACAGCACAUACAAAGAACUCCUUCAAAGAAAUAAUCAAAAAGAUAAUCAACCAAAUUGCAAAAAAUUAGCAAAAUAAAUGAACAGAUACUUCUACAAAAACUACAAUGGUUAGUAAACACAUAAAAUGCUGCUUGCCACCAUUAGCUAUGGAUUGAAAAUUACAGCCACAGCUAGAUACUAAUUUCAUAUCCACUAAAAUGUCUAAAAUUUUUAAUGGAUUAUUCAUUACUGGGAUUAUUGGAAAUCGAUUUCUAAUAGUUGGUAAAUGGUCAAUACUAACAGAGUUUGUACCCAUGCUAGUCAAGUCAAACUGAGUUAACAAGCUUACAGUACGUAUCCUCUAGAUCAACAGUUAGAGACUCUUUCCUGUAAUGUCUUGUAGGUAAAUACCUAAGACUUUGAGAGGUCUCUUCUCUGUCAUAACAACCUAACUCUAACAAAAGCGGCUAUGGAUGAUGUGUAAACAAAUGGGCGUGGCUGUGUUCCAAUAAAACUUUAUUUACAAAAACAGAUGGCUGUUUGAAUUAGGCCCAGGGACAGUAGUUUGUGAGCUCUUGUUCUGGAUCUAAAAGUAAGUCUUUGGGACAGGUCACAGCAGUGUGUAAUGACAGGGUACAAAAUUUACAUCAUAAAUAGCUUCAGAAGAAUGUUCAGGCCCUUAGCCAUGAUAUUUCAAAAUUCUUCAUUGCCUUAGGGAUGACAUGCAGUAUUGUGUGAAAGAAAAAUAUAGAAUAGGUCAAGAGAAUUGAUUAAUAGAAGCAAAUAACAAAAAUUGAUGUUUUCUUUGACAUGGAUGGUCUUAUUUCACAAUAAGUUAUAUUUUUUUAAAAAAGCACUAGUGGGGGAUUUCCCUCUGGCAUCACAGUGUGAGGAGGAGCUCUGUAGACAUGUGCUUCCAUGAAACUGGUGAAAAAAAAUUUUUUUAAACAACCAUUUAAAGUCUCUGGAAAUGGCCCUAAAGGCAUGCAGCACAGGGAGAAACAUUUAUGCAAGAAAAUCUACUGAAACUCUUCAGGAACAGCAAGAGCCUGUAAUAUUUGAGGCAAAAGAUCAGCUUCCUCCCUCCCAUCUCUUAACUCAUGGAGGAGAAAAUUCCAUUCCGGGUAGCUGCAGCCCAAAACCAACACAGGGUUCUCUCCUCUGUUAGCUCCCAGGCAGAGGGCUAUCUCUUAGAGGAGCGUCAGGGCAUCAGAAUUCCUCAUUCUCACUGAGAAACUUCAUCUCUCAUACUGCCCCCUGGCUACCUAUUGCUAAUGCUAACGUCUGGGUGAGUGGACAGAGGUGGGGGGUUCCUUCUCCUGCCAGCCCUCACUCGGGAAGUAGAGGCUCCACCUUGGGCACAGUGCUGCUGGAACACUGCUGCUGCGGUCCUCGUCCCGGCUUACAAUGCAGUGGUCCCAGGAAGAAGCAAGUCAAGAAGACCUGACGCUAUUGCCCACCCCCCCUGCCCAACUGGAGAGAGAUGCCACUCAGAGAGAAGAAUACUAUUGUCCUGUAGGGGAAUGAGGCAGAAUUUCACCUCUUUCCUUUCGGGAUUUCUUUUUUGGAUGGGCCUGAGAAUAGAGGGGGAGAGAGGCAGAGAGAGAAAGGAAACAGGCACAUAAAAGAAAGAAGGGGAAGUACCAGCACCAAGAAGAAGGAGCUCAGGAUCCUUAUGGAGUUAAGACUGACAAUUUAUUAAAUAUUUAC